AUGGCAGCUAUUAAUACUUCACCGCCUUCUACUGCCGUGUCAUCCAACUACCACGAUUCUCCAUCGAGGUCCUCGAGACCGACCAGUUCCCGUCAAAGCCCUGUCCGUACCUCCCAUUUCGAUACCGCCGAGGGUCCAAGACUGCGCGAUGGGCCAAUCUCUCCUGUCCGUCUCAACUUCCAGCAGGAUAACUGGGUUCAGCCCUCCAAUGUUGAUGUGGAACACAUUCAAAAUCCCGCCUUGAGAGGGCAAUUGGUUGAUCGCACUAUUCAUCCACUACCUUCGGUUCCAACAGCGCCUCCUCCGCCUCAUGGUCUCAGGUCAGAGCCGACAAACUCUCGAGGAUUUCAGAAUGGUAACUUCAGGGCAGAGGAUGGCUCCAUGUCACAGCCUGAGAGAUCAACUAUCACCGAGUCCACCAAGACGACACCGACGGAAAGGGUACGCAAUCAAGACCAAUACCGCAACAGUCGGGAAUCGGAUGAGACUGCAAGUACAAAUCCUCAGCAGAUAUCGAUUGAGUCAUCUGCGACGACGAGUGCAAGUUCUCUUUCGGGCUUGAACGAGAAUACGGAGAGUCGGAUAAUGGGCGACUCUCCUGAAAGCUCCAUCAUUGAAGGCAAUAUGGCUGAGGCUCAGCCUGUGCCGCUAUUCCAGUACCAUCACCAGAAAGAUUUCCCGUCAAGUGUUCCUAAUGCAGACACUAGAAACGCUUCGACUCCUGACCUGGCUGAGAGUGCUUCAAAUAUCGGCCGCCACCUCACUCCCAAUUCGGCUUCCAAUAUGAGGACUUCUCUGCCUCGACCGCCGUCCUCGUAUUCCGUCUAUUCCGAUUCUCGUGGUCGCUCCCCAGGUCUGAUGCCAGGUAGUGCACAAUCCCGUAAAUCUCCGGAUGUUAGGAUGUCGACGUAUGCAGAGUUAUUGCAUGCACCUUAUCCUCAACAGGCCCCGGCGCCUCUAACUCCUGACAACUCUAAUCUCCGCACUGUUAUAGGUAACAACGCAUCUCUCCUUAGUACUCAAAAGACUCUGGAUAUGUAUCGUGCCAAUGUUAAAAAGACGAACGACUCCUCAAUCCAGUACUCGUUCGCCAUAUUUCUGAUCUCGACUGCUCAAGAACAAGGCCUUGACUUCUCAGAACCCAAGACGCGCAAGAACAGCCCAAAACCUGAAAAGGGUCGCGACAGUCCAGCUGCCGAAGGUUCCGUCUCAAGCCCGCAAGAGCUGGUUCGCGAGGCCCGACAGAUCCUACAGCGCCUGGCUAGUGCCGGCUACCCCUUUGCGCAGUACUAUCUUGCAGAUGGUUUUGCUUCUGGACUAUUCAGCAAGGGCAAGGAGGAUUACAACUCGGCAUUCCCUCUGUUUGUUUUGGCUGCGAAGCAUGGUCAUGCUGAAUCUGGCUACCGGACUGCUCUAUGUUAUGAGUUUGGUUGGGGCUGCCGAAAGGACCCUGCCAAGGCGGUACAGUUCUUGCGUACAGCUGCAUCGAAGCGCCAUCCUGGUGCCAUGACACGUUUGGGUAAGGCCUGCCUAUCUGGCGAUCUUGGAGAGAAGCGCUACCGAGAAGGAAUCAAAUGGAUGAAGCUUGCUGCCGAAGCUGCCGAUUCUCAAUACAACUCAGCACCGUACCAACUUGGCUGUUUAUACGAGAACGGGUACGGCGCGGAUAUCUUUAAAGACGAUAACCAUGCUGCUGAGCUCUUUACCCAGGCUGCAGAACUUGGGCAUCCUGAGGCGAACUUUCGUCUGGGUGACGCUUAUGAGCACGGCCUACUCAACUGCCCUCGUGAUCCGGCUCUCAGUGUUCAUUUCUAUACGGGCGCUGCUGAGAGGGGACACGCUGGUGCUAUGAUGGGAUUGUGUGCUUGGUAUAUGGUCGGCGCUCCCCCCAUUCUGGAAAAGGACGAGGAGGAGGCCUACGAGUGGGCCCGUCGUUCGGCCGACUUGGGUUUCGUGAAGGCGCAAUAUGCAGUUGGCUACUUUACAGAAAUGGGCAUAGGAUGUCGCCGUGAUGUCUUGGAAGCCAACGUCUGGUAUGUCAAGGCUGCUGAUGCCGGUGAGGAGCGAGCCAAACAACGUCUGUCCAUUAUACAAGCAGCCGUCAGCGGUCAGGGUACUCCUAUGGACGUAGCUCCUCCACGGAAUGGGAAGAUGCAGAAAAAUGGUAAAGAUGAUAAGGACUGCAUCGUUAUGUGA